GACGUAUGAGUCAUUGCUCUGAGAUUGGGAAGCGAGGGAGACGAAGAGUGAUUUGAGAUCUUCGAGCUUCCUCUGAGUGAAUGCUCUGCAAAACACACACACACAAUUGAGAUGAUAAAGAUCCGAACUUUCGAUCGAGAAGAUGUUUGUUAGAGUACCUGCAGGCCGAAGUGAAUCGGUGAUUUACGGUAGACGAAUUCGAAUUUCCCAUAUCCUCUAUAUCUUCCUUCUUCUCCGACAAGAUGUAUUCGUUGAAAAACUCGGAGUAAGAAGACGAAGGAGGGAGGAGCGGAGAUAGAUUCAUGCUUUUGGAGACUGACAGGCUAAAGCCAAGAUAGUACUAAUAAGAGAUCAAACAAAGGAAGGACCAUUGUUUAUCUGCAAGAAGAUGACGAGAUCGUGGGUGCUUUUGUUUGUUCUGAUGUUCCUUGUGUUGACUUCUCAGUUGGAGUGGAAGGAGCAACUUGAGAGUGAAAUCGAGGCUAGUCGUUCCUUGAUUCAAUCAGAUAAAGAGCAACACCAUAUACCACAAGGCAAAGAAUCUUUGCAAGAAAAGAAAAUUCUCUCACAAGAAAAUAAGAUUCAGAAGCUUAAUGACCAGGUCCAAGAUCUAAGGAGGCAGCUGGUGCAAUGCAGGAAUGAAAAUCAGGUUGAGUUGACGGAGCUAGUAACUGAGAUUGAUCAGCUUCCACUUAGUGGUGUCUAGUCCAUUUUUCACAGAUAGAAGCUUUUUCUCAAGCACUUCACAAGCUUCAAAUGUUAAUCAAGAUUCUUUAAUCAACCUAAUACCCCAAAAGCCUUGUUUAUACUGCACUUGGAAGUUCUGUGUGCUUUGAACGAGAAAUCAAAGAAGAGUGGAAUAGGCUAAGAAUACAAGUAUGUAUAGGCUAAGAAUGCUAUUGGAAUCUUUGGGGUGUAACUCUACUCCCUCUCUAUCUCUAUCUCUCUCCUCUUUGGUUUUCUUUUGUCAUUACACUGAAAGUGUUGGACUAAUGGGUGGGAGUCAAUAACUGGGACAUUUGCAGACCA